UCAUCUCGAGACGUUCGCUCGUUCGUUCGUGUGACUGUCUUAUGAAAUUGGGCACGAUAAACUUCCUGGUUCAGUUACUACGACGCAACUGACAGGUAGAGGACGGUUUGUUUACCUGGGCGAGUAUACACUUUUAGGCUAGUUACACUAUCGCACUGCAAAAGAUUUGCUAACAAAAACCGAUUUAAAAGGACUUCUAAAACGGACAGUGAUAUAUAAGUUACAAUGCGAGAGAAGGACUUACGAACAAUAUAAACGGGAUACUGUGUUUAGAAAGCCUGAAGGCGAUACAAAAAAAAGAAAAAAAGAAAGAAGAAGAAAAGUUUUAAUGUUACACCUUUGUACAGGUGUAAAAUAUAUACAAGGUUUUUUUUGUUCAUAAUUUUAUUACGUGUGGAUUUUACUGUGACUGUAGCUGAAGUGCAAGAAUGGACGACACUCGACCGUCUAGAAACCAGCAACUAAAGUUGUACGAAGGCUGGCAGGAACACAAAAGUACCAAAGAUUCAAAAUGGAAGAAACUAUGGUGUGUACUUAAAGGCAAGGUCUUGUACUUUUUCAACACGGACAGUACUGAGGAAAAGAAUCACAAAGGAACCCUAACAAUCAGCCCUGACACGACCUUCAGUAUUAAAGAUGGCAGUCCUCAAAAAGGCUGGAAAUACGAACUUUAUACAGGAAAAAGACUCAACAAGUUCAAGACAAAGAUGUUUUCUGAACGUGAGCUAUGGAGGGCCUAUAUAACUGGGUUAUGUACAGGUCAGAUUCCAUCCGACUUGGAUCUCCCGCCAGUCGAACAGCGCGAAGUGGAGAGUAAACUAAAGCGCGGUCUUCAGUCGAUGCAGGCGCCGCCGGUACCUCUCCCGGUCAGACCUGACUCACCGGUGUCCAACCGGUCAACCGGCCUUGAGUCUCCUCAUGAGAGUGGGGAUGGAGUCUUCACAGAACCUCUCUGUGAUGGCGGACCGACAAUCAGACACAAAUUCUGGAAGGAUCCAUCACGCACAGAUAAGCCAUCAUGGUUCUUUGAAGGAAUUACACGAACUGAAGCAGAGAAGAUUCUCAGUCAAUGUGGUUUCCAUGGAAACACACUUAUGAGGGAAAGCGUCACAUUUAGAAGCACGGGAAGUUACGUCAUCACCAAAAGAAUGCAGCAUGCACGUGUUGAGUUUAACCAUUUUGAAGUAACACGAGUAGCAGAAGGAUUCAGAAUCAAUGUGGAAAAUGUGCAUGAGCACACCCCAAUGUUGUGUUUAUCGGAGGUGAUGGAUUUCUUCGUCACCAUGUCGGGGCUGCAGUCCACGCACCCCAUGACUACCAACAACCCCAAGGACCUGGCCAUGGAUGUACCGGACUACCAGACGAAAAUUGUCAGAACAGCACAUGAUGACGAAAGUGGAGAAGAACUGGAAGAAGAUGCUACAGAAUAUGAAGAGCCAAAAGAGAUGCCACAAAUAACAACUCCAAAAACCUGGUCACAGCCCAAAAUGAACCGAGAACUAGGUCGUAACUAUGGCAGCAGCACCAUGGUACAGCGUGGCACAAGGUCUGUGAUCCAGCCAGGUGACUUCACCAACAGAGUUAAUGCAGCAAGUGCUGUUAAUGAACUGGAUAGAACCCUUGAUCUUUAUGAAGACGGCCAAACAUAUGUACCGGAACGUACAUAUAGUUACGAAAAUGAAAGUGUGGUCGAAAAAUUGCGGAAUCUGAGCCAUGCCCCUCCCCCACCUGGUCCCCCACCCUGCACAGGUAAACCAGCGGGAGAAAGAUCCUACGUAAACGAUCCCAUGGCAAUGAGAAAUCGGCGUGGCAGUGUGGCUUUCUUAAAUGAAAAUAACAGUCCAGAUAAAGUGCAGAAAACCAGAUCUCGAUCUAAAUCCGUUCCAAACAUCUAUCCACCAGGCUGCAAUUUUUCUUUGGCAGUACCCGUAUCAUCAGAAUUACCUGCACCAGGCAUUGUAGCACCAGGACAGACACCCCAACAACGUUCUGUAGACACCCCAACAUCCCGGCCCGUCAGCACUCUGAUGAGUCAGUUUGAGCAGCAGAUGAAAAACUCUCCCAGCUCCAGAAAUCUCCCAGAUACACCACAGCAGAGGAAAGUGAGUUUUUCACUUCCCGGUGAAGAGCCAACAGGGGCUGGGCCUCCUUUGCCGUCUGCUAGAGUGACCCAGAGUGAGGCUGCUAUGUCUGGUAAUGACAGGACUUCAGAGAUGGGCAUCAGAGCAAAACCCAGUGAAACUAGGAAGAUCAAGGCCGAACUAGAAGGUUUAUUUGCACGGGGUCCUAGAAGACCCACCAGUGUAUUAUCCCCUCCAGUCCCGGUUAACAUUCCCGAAUCAUAUGACGAAGAAGAUUAUGAAGACAUUUCAAAUUAUGUGAAUAUUGAUUGAAUUGUGAACAAGUACAUGUAUUUCAAUGUAUUUUUGAUGAAAGACUAAACACAUUUCAAAUUACGUGAAUAUUGAUUGAAGUGUGAACAAGUACAUGUAUUUCAAUGUAUUUGAUGAAAGACUAAACACAUUUCAAAUUACGUGAAUGUUGACUGAAUUGUGAACAAGUACAUGUAUUUCAAUGUAUUUGAUGAAAGACUAACCACAUUUCAAAUUACGUGAAUAUUGAUUGAAGUGUGAACAAGUACAUGUAUUUCAAUGUAUUUGAUGAAAGACUAAACACAUUUCAAAUUACGUGAAUGUUGACUGAAGUGUGAACAAGUACAUGUAUUUCAAUGUAUUUGAUGAAAGACUAAACACAUUUCAAAUUACGUGAAUAUUGACUGAAUUGUAAACAAGUACAUGUAUUUCAAUGCAUUUGAUGAAAGACUAAACACAUUUCAAAGUAUCACAAUAUUAACUAAAUUAAGACAAAGCAUUAUAUUAGAUAUAAUGGAACACUACAAAAGCAUUUCAAAUAUGUGAAUAUCAACUGAAUACUACUGAAUAGUGAACAAGCUUUUCAUUGUGUAUGAUGAAAGACUAAACACAUUUUAAAUUAUCAGAAUAUUAACUGAAUUACAAGCAAGCAUUAUAUGAUGAAAUACUGAACACUUUACAAAUUAUGUGAAUACUGUCUAAAUUAUGAGCAUUAUAUUUUAUAGCUUGAAAGAUUCAAGAUAUUUCAAACUAUUUUAAUAUUAACUGAAUUAUGAGCAAUCAUUUCAGUACGUAUAUAAUGAAACAAUACAAAGCCAUACAAAACUACUGUAAAUAAGAUCAUUAUUGCAAAAUGUUUUCGUGAAUGCACACCUUCGCAUGUUCGCAACGUGUAACUAAUGCCCGUAUACCGGUGUACAUGUAGUCUGAAAGUUUAUAAUUAGGACUGGCAACUAUAACAAUAUUGUAAUUGUUAGAAUUCUUUUUCUUGUUUUUAAAAUGAUUAUCAUAAAAUGUAUUUGUAGUAAAUGUCCAUUAAAAUACCUCAUGUGAAACUUUUAGUGCUAACACUGGUGUGGGUGCAGAGAGGGGGGUAGUCAGGGGUCAAAAUCCCCCUGUUCUAUACAAAUUAUCCUUUUUUAAAUGUAUGUUCCAGGGGAUCAUGACCUGGGUCCCAUUGUAAGAAGCGAUCUUAAUGCUAAGAUCACCUUAAGUGCAUAAUGUAGUUAUACACUUACAGUGAUCUUAGCACUAAGAUCACUUCGUAAAACUGAUAUUGGUAGUGAAGUAUUAUGUAAAUAUAAUAAUUACACAUUGUAAAUAUGUAAAUAUUUGUAUAUUACUUGUACAGUAUGAUUAAUACUUGACUAUGACAUUAAAGUAUUUUUAAUACAUUCCAGAAAAUAUAUACAUUAUAUUUUUUUUAAUAGCAUCUACAUGUAUGAACAUUUUCACUCUGGAGUUUAGCCAUAAAUGUAAAUUAUUAAUUUUUAUCUUUUUUAAAAUAAUUUUUCUGUGCAUGUUUUUAGAUGAAAUAUUUAUAGGAUAUUAAACAAGCUUUCAUUUCGUAUCAUGUUUAUGUCCCAAGUGAAAUAAUUUGCAAUUGUCACAAACUUUAGAAAAUUAUUUUACGAGGGACAUAAACAUGAUACGAAAUGGUAGCAAGUUUAAUAUCCUAUUUAUUACCCAUACUUGUUUGGUUGACGUUCAUGUAAUGUUGUAAUGCACCAAUUGAUGAUGUCGAAGUGUUACAUAUCACUUUGAUAUGUACCAACAUAUUUUUAACCAUAUGGGUAAUAAUUCAAUAUAUGUGCUAUACUAGAACCAUUUUUGUUUUUGAUCUCAGUAAUUUGUGAUAAUUUUGAAAUAAAUUGUAGUUAUUUAAUUAAUGCAUAAAUAAAAGUAUUUUCUAUUUUCCAACUGAAAAGACUUCUUAUUCAGAUCUUAAUAUUAAUCAAAUUUGUGAAAUAAAAUAUAAUUAAUUCUUCUCAGAAUGCUUGUAUAUGUAUAUGUGUGUAUAUAUAUAUAUAUAUAUAUAUAUAUAUAUAUAUUUUCUAAUUUGGGUUUAGUAAAUGUCAUCAGUUUGCUCAAGUAUAUAAAGAAAACAUUUUUGUGCUAUAAAAAGAUUUGUAUUCAUGAUUUUUGGAUAAGAAAAUAUGUCAUUACCUAUAGGUUAACAUUCCUAUGAUUUUGGAUAAGAAAAUAUGUCAUGACCUAUAGGUUAACAUUCCUAUGAUUUUGGAUAAGAAAAUAUGUCAUAACCUAUAGGUUAACAUUCCUAUGAUUUUGGUAUAGGACAAUAUGUCACAACAUGUAGUUUAUGCCUAUGAAUAAGUUAUAUACAGUUUUACUUAGUCGAGUCUUAUUAUCCACAGGAUUCAUGAACACAAAAUGGUGCCAUAAAUGUUUGAUAAUCAAUCAUUCCAUACAGCAUUCACAUCUAGCUACAGCAUUUAGCUUUCUUAAACCUUCCUUGUAUUGUAUUGUAUGGUUGCAGGGCCAGAUCAAUACCGGAAUGUUGCCCUCCUGUCCCUGAAUUAGCUACUGAUGAUGUCAGAUGUUAAAUCCGAGAUGGGCGUACCUGCAACCCCUGCAAAUACCCACGGCAAUUGGCAAUGUUGUGGAGUUAUUCAUUCUCCAAGGCACUUUUUUUGCUGUGGACUAUAAUAGAAUUUGUUUUCACCGCUUGUUUUUUUUGCCGUGGACGUUGUUUUCUUAGUUGCGGGGGUUGUACCUGAAACUUCAUUGGAUAGGGACAUGUAAAAAGAGUUCCCAUACACUACAGGAAUGUUCUAGGGAAGGAGUGCAUUUUAAAAACAAAAUUUAAUGGUGCCAUAAAUGUUUGAUAAUCAGUUGUGCCAUACAACAUUCACAUCUGGUUCUUAAACAUUCAUCAUAAUCAUACAGGGCCAUAUCAAUGCAGAAGUUUUGUCGGCAGGGUGUGCAUUUUGAAAAAAAAAAAAAGAGGGUCUCUAGAGGUUUCCAAAGUUAACAAAAACACUUUAUAUAUAUAUAUAUAGGGCCUAUAUAGCAUUCACCAACCUGCGAAAGACAUUAUCUUCAUAGUUGCCUUCCUCACAAAAUAUCUCUAUGUCUUUUUGUUAAUAUUCAUUAUCCACCAUGAAUUAAAUCUAGAAUACUAUAGUCCUUCCCACAGGGGAUGCCUUUUUUUCAUAUGAAAAUACAGAAUUUACUACAAGUUAUUCUUAUGUCAAACCAAAACUGAAAUUAUUGACCAAAAAUAUUUAUUUGUAAAAGGAUGAGACAGACUAUACAUAAGUGGGCAUUGGAUACCAUUUAUCUUACAUGUUUUUUUCUAUUUUAUUUUUCUUUCGCAAGCUACACCAGUAUUCCAGUCUAUAAAAUGAGCCGAGCUGUCUUUUCCAGUUCUCCUCUGUCGCCCUAGAGUUUGGUUUGUAUGGUUGUUUUAAUAGGCCACUCAGAUUGUCUCAAACCUCGAUAGGUUGGGCACUGCUGUAGGAUGUGCUCCGUUGUUUGAUCUUGGAGUCAACAGUUGGUGAAGGUGCUAGCUUGAACGUUUUGAACAUGUGAGCAUUUAGUCUGUUGUGGCCUGUACAGUCUUAACAGAGUUACUUGAUCCACUGAGAAGGUGAUAAUCAUCCCUCACUGUUCUAGAUCUAUUGACUAACUGUUGUGGCCUGUACAGUCUUACAAGAUGUUUCAAAAUGUAUCUUAAUUAAAUGGAAAGUGAUAUGGAUAUGUUUUUAAACACUUUGAAAGACACAGAUGUAGUAUUCUAUUUCUAACAUAUCCUUAAAAAAACAGGUUUAAAAUAAAUUUAAACAUCUUUUCCAAAUAAAGCUUAUCUAUGACACUUGUGUUUGCAGUUAACUUAUGCAUCACAGAGCAAAUGUUUAUACAUCAUGCACAAUCAAUUUUAGUCAUACUUAUUUCAUUGGAUGGUAUAGCUGUAGUGACAAGGUCAUCACCUAGGAUCAGCCAAUCAUAUGUCUUUAAAUUGAUAACACACGUGUGGUAUCGCUGUGUGAUAUAGUUUGAUAAUGUAUGAUAUUUUCAGCAACAGGUGUGUAAGAAAUAAGCUAUUAUCACUUUCUAUUACAAUGUUCAUCAGCUGUAUUCAAUUACAAAUAACUUACACCUACACUUAUACAUGUAUUCAGAAAAACCAAUUUUAGGACCACAGCUACUUCUUUUCUUGGGGGAGUUGCUUUCUAGGUGGAUAAAUAAGGUAAAAAAAAAAAAAUCAUUUUUAACAAAGGGUUAUACGACUUGUAAAUAAAUGAAGGGGAAACCCGUCACCCUCAUCAUAUAUUUAUAUAGUAAACACAAUUAGUGGUCUCCAAUAGACUGUUACCAAUUGUUAGUAAUUUGUCAUUAACAUUUGUUACAUUGUUUAUAUUUAUGAGCUCAUUAAAAAUAUAUACAAA